AUGGAGAUGGCGAUGUUGCCGCCGCACCCCAUGUUUGGGGCUGAAACUCGAUUUUCCGGUCACUGGUUGAUAUGCGACGGCGUGUGGACGGACAAGAAUAUCGCGGGGAACGGCGGAUGCUGCACGUCAUCACCUCGCUCGACUAAACUCCGACGCCAAAUUCGGCGGCGACAUCACAAACUCCCUCAAUUAAAAGGUCUGGUCGAUCCCGCCGAAAGAGUGAGUCCUUGCCCGCCGGCUGCGCAACCGGAAAAUUUGUCCUCGAAAAUUCAGAUAGACGCCGUAUUGGAAGGUCAUGGUCCUCUGGAUCUCGUCGAGGAACCACCCGCCAGAUCCGAGAGGACCGAGACCGGUGCUCGAUGCUCGAUGGAAUAUCGAUUUCUUACGGAUAUAGCCUUCGAGCAGAUGUUGUUGUCGUACCUCGAGACAUACAGUGACGGGGGCGGACAUAUGGUGGGAGACGGCGGAGGUCGGAAAUGCGAGUUUUAUGGUGAACCGUCGGCGGAUCUGUGGUGGUGGUGGCAGAGUUGA